UGGUAAAGGCUAUUAUUUUAGGUUGCUUGAAAAGGAUUAGAAAAAUUAAUGAAGGAUAAGGUUACCAGUGGCUGCAAGACAUGGUACAAUGGUAAACUUGGAAGUAUAGGCAUUCUUCAUAACAGCACCUAAAGCCAAGCAACCAAAGAAAGCCAGUGUGAUGUAGUGGUUAGAAUGCUAGACUGGGAUGCAGGAGAUCCAAGUUCACACACCCACUUAGCCAUGAAGUUCACAGGAUGCCUCUGGGCCAGUCACAUAUCCUGAUUUACCUCACAAAGUGGUUGUUUUUGUUUUUCUUCUGAAGAUAAAGUGGAGAAAACCUUGUAAGCUGCCUUGUGUUCUUUGCAAGAGGAAAGAAGGUGGGGUAUAAAUUUAUUUAUUAGUUUUAUAUCCCACCUUUUUUCUAACAAAAUCUUUUUUCCUACUCUUGCUUCCGACCACAACAGCCUCUGCCUUAUUGGUCCACUGCAGUCCUGAGAUGGAUUCCCCACUGCCCCCUCCCAAGGGCCCUUGCAUUUCCCAGCAACUCCGGCCUGCACUAAGAUUUCUAUUAAAUGAAAACAGUUUUGCAGUGAUUCCCCCCUCUUCUUCCAUGUAUUUUCAAAAGCAAACUGGAGAGACUGACACAUCAUUUGGAGAAAAGGGAUAUAGGAAACAGUGAUGCAUCUGUUGCUAGGGGGCUGAGGGCAGUAGAGAUUGAACACUAGAAGCAGCUACUUCCACAGUGCCAGGGAGCCCCUCUGCUGUUUCCAUACCAACAAUGGUAAAAUGGCGAUCCCUGGUCCAGGUGACUGGAGAAGCUACAAUAAAGUGUGAAAAUUUGAGAACAGACUGUGGAUUCUUUCUGUGGUUUCAGAAAACUGAUCCUACUAUGGAGGCACUCUGGAACUGGAUCCAGAUGUCACGACUGGCCCACAAUGGGCCUGAUUGUCAAGAACUGAGGAAUUAGGGACUGGGUCGUCCUCCCUACACAAUGCAGAUUGACUUCGAUUUUUCUGUCCGUGGAGUUGCACGUUCGAAGAGCUGGUUACUAGUCAUGCUUUUCAGCCGUCACCAUUGCUUCUAAGGAGCUGCAGGUUGGAGAUGGGCUAUUGACUCUGCUCCUGCCCUUCACUGGAACCUGUGCAGGUUCAAGGACAGCGCUGGAAAUCUGCCCCUGAAGACUUCUCAUUCCAUCCUCUUCCACUUAGGAUAAAGGCCUCUGGAUCCUCAAGGAUAGCUGAGAUCUUUCCUUACCAGGGAGAAUCUGCCAUUCCAGCCAAGUAUUUCCUCUCCUGUGGAAUUUCACGGUCAUAGUGCCUAUUAUCACAGCUGCCCACACUAGUGCAAGUGGCUUUAAUUUUUCCUCUCCCAAGUUAAAAAAAGCAUCCUUUGAAAAUGGGCUUUACCCUCCACUCUGCUUCUUUCAUCCUGAAGGUGAGCUUAUUGCUGGGCUCCUUGUUCAGCCUCUGUCUUGGACUAGAGUUUAUGGGCCUCCCCAAUCAGUGGGCCCGUUACCUUCGCUGGGAUGCAAGUACAAGGAGCGACCUCAGCUUGCAGUUGAAGACGAAUGUCUCGGCAGGGCUGCUUCUUUACUUUGAUGAUGGCGGUGUCUGUGACUUCCUUUGUUUGUCCUUGGUGGAUGGGCGGAUUCAACUCCGGUUCAGUGUGGACUGUGCUGAGGCCACAGUUGUUACGGAUAAGCAGGUCAACGACAGCAACCUCCACUUCUUGAUGGUUAGUCGCAACCAUCUCCGGACAGUCCUUGUGCUGGAUGGUGAAGCCAAGCCUGGAGAGGUGCGCCCACAGCGCCAGUACAUGAAUAUUGUUAGUGACCUCUUUGUGGGUGGGGUCCCGUUGGACAUCCGCCCUGCAGCUUUAACCCUUGACAGUGUCCUGAGUGAGCCACCAUUUAAAGGAUUUAUCUUGGACUUGAAAUAUGGCAAUUCUGAACCCCAGCUCCUGGGCCACCAAGGGGUCCGCCUGGACAUGGAAGGGCUAUGUACAGAGAACCCUUGUGAGAAUGGGGGAACUUGCUUCCUUCUGGAUGGUGAGCCACAGUGUGAUUGCUCAGCCACUGGAUAUGUUGGGAAACUCUGUUCUGAAGAUGCCAGCCGUGUUCCAGGCCUUUCACACCUGAUGAUGGGCGAACAAGGUAGAAGUAAAGCAAGAGACGAGAAUGUAGCCACCUUCCGUGGUUCCGAAUACCUGUGCUAUGACCUCUCCCAGAACCCCAUUCAAAGCAGCAGUGAUGAGAUCACGCUCUCCUUCAAGACAUGGCAGCGCAACGGGCUGAUCCUGCACACGGGCAAGUCGGCUGAUUACGUCAACUUGGCUCUGAAAGAUGGUGCGGUCUCGUUGAUCAUUAACCUGGGGUCCGGAGCUUUUGAGGCCAUUGUGGAGCCAGUCAGUGGCAAAUUUAAUGACAACCAGUGGCACGACGUUAAAGUGACACGGAACCUGCGGCAGGUGACAAUCUCUGUGGAUGGAAUCCUCACUACCACAGGCUACACACAAGAGGACUAUACCAUGCUAGGGUCAGAUGACUUCUUCUACGUGGGUGGGAGCCCCAGUACUGCGGAUUUACCUGGUUCUCCUAUCAGCAAUAAUUUCAUGGGCUGCCUCAAAGAGGUUGUUUAUAAGAAUAAUGACAUCCGUCUGGAGCUGUCUCGCUUGGCAAGGAUUGGUGACACAAAAAUGAAAAUCUAUGGGGAGGUGAAGUUCACAUGCGAGAAUGUGGCUACAUUGGACCCCAUCAACUUUGAGACACCUGAGGCCUACAUUAGCCUGCCUAAAUGGAACACCAAGCGGAUGGGGUCUAUCUCCUUUGACUUCCGCACCACAGAGCCCAAUGGCCUCAUACUCUUCACCCAUGGAAAACCUCAGGAGAGGAAGGAUUCCAGAAGUCAGAAGAACACCAAAGUGGAUUUCUUUGCUGUGGAACUCUUGGAUGGAAAUCUCUACCUGCUUCUUGACAUGGGCUCUGGAACUGUCAAAGUAAAGGCCACUCAGAGAAAAGCUAACGAUGGAGAAUGGUAUCAUGUUGAUAUUCAAAGAGAUGGCAGAUCAGGUACCAUAUCGGUGAACAGCAGAAGAACACCAUUCACUGCUAGUGGGGAGAGUGAGAUCCUGGAUCUGGAAGGGGACAUGUACCUUGGAGGGCUGCCUGAAAACCGGGCAGGCCUUGUCCUCCCUACGGAACUCUGGACAGCCAUGUUGAACUAUGGCUAUGUGGGCUGCAUCCGGGACCUCUUCAUUGACGGAAGGAGCAAGAACAUCCGGCAGCUGGCAGAGCAGCAGAAUGCUGCGGGCGUCAAAUCCUCCUGCAUUCGGGUGAACACCAAGCAGUGUGACAGCUACCCCUGCAAGAACAACGCUAUCUGCAAAGAUGGCUGGAACCGGUUUAUCUGUGACUGCACUGGGACCGGCUACUGGGGCAGAACAUGUGAGCGGGAGGCAUCCAUCCUGAGUUACGACGGCAGUAUGUAUAUGAAGAUCAUCAUGCCCAUGGUAAUGCACACGGAGGCGGAGGAUGUGUCCUUCCGCUUCAUGUCCCAGCGGGCUUAUGGGCUGCUGAUGGCUACCACAUCACGUGAUUCAGCGGACACACUACGCCUAGAGCUGGAUGGAGGCCGCGUCAAACUCAUGGUCAACCUAGACUGUAUCAGGAUAAACUGUAACGCCAGUAAAGGACCAGAGACCCUUUAUGCUGGGCAGAAACUCAAUGACAAUGAGUGGCACACUGUCCGGGUGGUGCGUCGGGGAAAGAGUCUCAAGCUGACAGUGGAUGAUGAUGUUGCUGAAGGCACAAUGGUUGGUGACCACACCCGCUUGGAGUUCCACAACAUUGAGACUGGGAUAAUGACAGAGAAGCGUUACAUCUCUGUCAUUCCCUCCAGCUUCAUUGGCCACCUCCAGAGUCUCAUGUUCAAUGGUCUUCUCUACAUUGACUUAUGCAAGAAUGGUGACAUUGACUACUGUGAACUGAAAGCCCGGUUUGGUCUUCGUAACAUUAUUGCUGAUCCUGUCACCUUCAAGACCAAAAGUAGCUACCUGAGCUUAGCAACCUUGCAGGCUUACACUUCCAUGCACCUCUUCUUCCAGUUCAAAACAACCUCUGCUGAUGGCUUCAUCCUUUUCAACAGUGGGGAUGGAAAUGAUUUCAUUGCAGUAGAGCUGGUAAAAGGGUAUAUACAUUAUGUGUUUGAUCUUGGAAAUGGACCUAAUGUCAUCAAGGGCAAUAGUGACAGACCAUUGAAUGACAACCAGUGGCAUAAUGUAGUCAUCACUCGAGAUAACAGCAACACCCAUAGCCUAAAAGUGGAUACCAGGAUUGUAACUCAGGUUAUCAAUGGGGCCAAAAACCUUGACCUUAAGGGUGAUCUUUAUAUUGCUGGCCUGGCUCAAGGAAUGUACAGCAACCUGCCAAAGUUGGUGGCAUCCCGUGAUGGCUUUCAGGGCUGCCUAGCAUCAGUGGACUUGAACGGGCGCCUGCCAGAUCUAAUUAAUGAUGCUCUACACCGCAGUGGGCAGAUUGAACGAGGAUGUGAAGGACCAAGCACCACCUGUCAAGAAGACUCCUGUGGCAACCAAGGCAUUUGCAUCCAGCAGUGGGAAGGCUUCACUUGUGACUGUUCCAUGACAUCCUACUCUGGGAACCAGUGCAAUGACCCUGGUGCCACAUACAUCUUUGGGAAAAGUGGAGGCCUCAUCCUGUACACCUGGCCAGCAAAUGACAGACCCAGCACAAGAACAGACCGCCUUGCUGUCGGGUUCAGCACAACAGUGAAAGAUGGCAUCUUGGUUCGGAUUGACAGUGCUCCUGGCCUUACUGACUUCCUGCAGCUUCACAUAGAACAAGGCAAAAUUGGUGUAGUCUUCAAUAUUGGCACUGUAGAUAUCUCCAUCAAAGAAGAGAGCACCCCAGUGAAUGAUGGCAAAUACCAUGUUGUGCGCUUUACCCGAAAUGGUGGCAACGCUACACUUCAGGUGGAUGGCUGGCCAGUGAAUGAACACUACCCUUCAGGCAACACUGAUACCACGUUCCAAUUGGUAAAACAGAAAAUCCCCUUCAAAUAUAACCGGCCCGUAGAGGAAUGGCUGCAGGAAAAAGAUGAUGCAACACCGCAUCACCACUUGACUUCGAGACCUGCCACGACGACCAAAAUUGGACGACAGUUAACGAUCUUCAACACCCAGGCGCAAAUAGCCAUUGGAGGAAAAGACAGAGGGCGUCUCUUCCAAGGCCAGCUCUCCGGACUCUAUUACAAUGGCUUGAAAGUAUUGAACAUGGCAGCAGAGAAUAAUCCCAACAUCAAGAUCAAUGGAAGUGUCCGGUUGGUUGGAGAAGUGCCGUCCAUCUUGGGAACAGCACCCACGACUUCCAUGCCACCAGAGAUGUCUACCACAGUCAUGGAGACCACCACUACAAUGGCCACUACUACAACCCGAAAAAACCGUUCCACACCCACCAUUCAGACAACAGAUGACCUCGUUUCUUCAGCAGAAUGUUCUAACGAUGAUGAAGAUCUCAUUGAAUGUGAGCAGAGUGUAGGUAAGCCAGGAGGUGAAUUAGUUAUCCCUCUUCUUGUAGAAGACCCUUUAGAUAUCCCUCCUAUUGCUACUCGUGCACCUUUCAUUACACUCCCCACUACCUUCCGCCCCCUCCUCACCAUUAUUGAGACCACCAAAGAUUCCCUGUCCAUGACCUCUGAGGCGGGGUUACCUUGCUUGUCGGACCAAGGCAGCGAUGGUUGUGAUGAUGAUGGCUUGGUGAUAUCUGGGUAUGGCUCAGGGGAAACCUUUGACUCUAACCUACCCCCUACUGAUGAUGAAGAUUUUUACACCACCUUCUCCUUGGUAACAGAUAAGAGUCUUUCCACUUCCAUCUUCGAAGGUGGCUACAAAGCACACGCACCCAAGUGGGAAGCCAAGGACUUUAGACCUAACAAAGUCUCCGAUACUGGUAGGACUACUACCACAGCUUUAUCCCCUGAGCUGAUCCGCUCCACAGCUUCGUCCUCGACUGGGAUGGUGCCCAAAUUGCCAGCCGGCAACAUGAAUAACCGUGACCUCAAACCCCAGCCUGACAUAGUCUUGCUUCCGUUGCCCACUGCCUAUGAGCUAGACAGCACAAAACUGAAGAGCCCGCUAAUAACUUCCCCCAUGUUCCGUAAUGUGCCCACAGCAAACCCCACAGAGCCAGGAAUCAGACGGGUUCCGGGGGCCUCAGAGGUGGUCCGUGAGUCGAGCAGCACAACGGGAAUGGUCGUCGGCAUUGUGGCUGCCGCCGCCCUCUGCAUCCUCAUCCUCCUGUACGCCAUGUACAAGUACAGGAACAGGGACGAGGGGUCCUAUCAGGUGGACGAGACGCGGAACUACAUCAGCAACUCGGCCCAGAGCAACGGCACGCUCAUGAAGGAGAAGCAGCAGAGCACAAAGAGCGGCCACAAGAAACAGAAAAACAAGGACAAAGAAUAUUACGUGUAAAAAUACUUAUUUAUAUAUAUAAAUAUAUAUACACACACACACACACACUUAAUGAGAUAUAACUGAAUUGAAACUGUUACAGCUAACAAGAUUGGGAGCUACAGUUUGUGGUUUAAAACAAGUCUUGAGAAUAAACAUUUCAGCCAUUGACUGCUAAGUUUUCAGUCAUUGCUUGGAGUCCCCAAACUCUGCCCUAGUGUAUUAUAAAGCACACUUAGCCCUCCGAAGAAGGCAUCUGCAGCAUUACCCAUGUUGGCGAACUUUAAAGCCUUCCGACCUCCUCCUCGGCUGAACUAUUCUGCAAGGGCAGAAGACUUCAUGGCUUACUUGUUUCGUAUCUCCAAGUGAGUCUUUAAUGAUGUUCAUGUUCUUUGACUGUACGCUAAUUUUUUUCAGUUUAAUUAUUUUAAAAAAUAACACAAAAAAGUAAAAAGAAAAAAUACAAAUGUUAUAAAUGAAACAGAACAACUUAUCUGGCCAUGUCCAGCCUACGUAUCAUUUUUCAAGAUGUGAGGGGGGAAAGAAAAAUAAAUGGUUUGGGGUUUUCAUUAUGUUUUUUGUCUGAUUUUUUUCAUUUUCUGUGAGAGGUUUUGGGAGAAUGAGCCAGGACAUAAGUCAAUAAGAAAUCCUAGGGGAAAAAUAUUGUACUAAAAAGAGACUAUUGCCAUAUAUGAACUCAAGUUCUACCAUGGUGUUUGCUCUACAUAUCAGGUUGUGUUGUCUCUUGAAUCUGUUGUCUGCAGUAAGUUGUUAACAUUAUAAAUGUGAUGGGGUUGCAGUGAUGAUGCUGAGAUUGAUGGUCAUGGAAAAUUGGAUCCCCAGGAUCUGGCUUCAGUAUUUCUAAGUGAUGUCAUAAGGAGAUAACAGUUUCUUCUUUGACCAGGGCCCACUGGCUGCAUUUGACUACCAUUUAGUGUAAACAUUAGCUCAGCUAAGCUAUGAAAAAUAGGAUUUAGAAACUAAAUAAUGCAAAACAAAAAUACUUUGCCAUUCUGAGUUGACUAGAUCAAGCAAAUAUAAGAGAGCCAUUCUCUGGGUUCUGGCUCCUUGGCUGAUGGCGAUGCAUGAGUGCAAACAAUAUUAAUCAAUUGAAUUAUGUUGAGUCCAGCCCAUGACAAGAACUACAAAAUGUCACACAAGCCAAAAACUUGUCAUGGAGAAAUACAAACAGGGGUGGGUUGUUGUUUUUUAAUCAUGAAGGUGUGUUUCAUAUGUAAUGAUUUAAUUUUGUAGAUUGACAUUUCUGAUUCGCUGUCCUUCCAUUUGCCCUUCUACCUUUCCCUUCUCUUUUAUAUGAAAGAAAAUAAAUUUAAAAGUCACUAUGACACUCAGAAAUAAAAAAAUUAAAGGAGCUUAUUAAUAGUAUAAUAUAUAUAAAUAUAUAUAUAUAUACACAGAUAUAUUUAUCAUGGUAUGUUUGAUGGGACGACUGGAACAGAAAUGCUGUUAACGUCUUAAUACAAAAUGAGAAUGUUGUAAAGAAAAGAAUUGUUUUUACAAAACAACAAAAGCUAAACUUUAAAAAUGUGAAGAGUGUGCAUUUAAACUUUGUCACAGUUAUCUGUGUCAAAAAGAUUUUAAGAUAAAAAUAAGAUUUUGUUUACAUAUUUUACUACAAUUUUUUUUUUUUGGCUGGUGUAAUUUCUAGAUGGGUACUUGAUGUACAUAAUGCUUUGAGGUUUUAUUGGGUUGUUGUUCAUAUUCAAUGUACUUAAUUUUGGAUGUUGUUUUUUAUUUUUUCUUCCAUUAUUUUGAAAGAGAGCAACUUACUGUACAGGGAAAAACUGGGUGUUUUUUGGCCACAAAUAUCAUGUGCAAAAAAAAAAGAAAAAAUCAAGCAAAAAAAGAGAAAGAGAAUGAAAGAGAAAGGUGAAAACCACAAAAAACUUAGAGGACUCUGGUAUAUUAGAAAUGUACAAUUUUUCUGUGUACAGAUGAAAUCUAAUCAGCUGUUUAGGUUUAGAAAUCUACUCUUGCUGGUGUUUAUAAGUCGCAUGAAUCUUUGACUUUGAAGAAGUGUUAUCCAAUGCACACACGCACAUGAGAACAAAAUAAAAAAGGCAGCCUUCUCAUAUGGUUUGAGACUAGGCUUACCUGGCUAACAAAUCUUUUCAGUGUGUGUGAGGUUUGUUUGUUUUUUUAAUUAUUUUUUACACUACAACAGAGAAAAAAAUAAAGACAGGUUUAAAAAAAGAUAUGAAAGCACGACUUUGGACAACCUUAACUGGCCGAACAUAUACAGAGUUGAUUAUAUCUUGAUGUCUGUAAAAGAUUGCUGCUGUUCUUGGAGUCUUGGAGUCUUGUGAAAUGAUUUUCUGCUUUCUUUCUUUAUCUUUUUUUUUUUAAUCAGGAAAAAAAACAUUUUCUUUCUUUUUUUUCUUUUGUUGGUGUCUAUUUCAAUUGGACAGUUUUUUGGGAACAUGUGCAUUUUUGUAUGUGGGCUUCUAUCAUAUUCCUAUUGUUUUAUGGACAGAACCCUAAAGAUUUUCUUUAACAUUAUUGUGCCGUUAUUGCUUCUUUUCCCCCUUUCCCUCCACCUGUUCUUUUUUCUCUGUUAUUUUCUUUUCAUAAUUGCCUUUCUGUUCAAGGAUAUGCUUAGCAAUAAAAUGUUCUUCCCAAA